AACUAAAAAUUGUAAAUUUUGAUUUUGUACAUUCUAUGAUUUAAAAAAAAUCAGUUGAAAAGUUAUAAAAAUUAAUAGAAAGGACUACUCAUUUUGAGGUGUUCAGUUAACGGCUAAACAAGCACAUUUCUUCGUUAGUGAUCCAAUGCCACAAACGAGUGGCUGCCGUCACUCCUUUUUUCCCACGUGACUUGAACGCAGCUGGUGCAUUGCGUUCGGUUCCGCAGCAACAAUGGCUGCUAGCUGGCAGAUAUGGAGACCUGACCGAGGACGGUCCUUUAAACACGAAGGAAUAUUAGUCAUUCUGGUCAUGGACUUGGUCCUACAGUCAGUAAACGGAUAUUUGAGUUCCCCCCAUGUUGGUCAGGAGGCUCCCUACAGCAGAGAUGCCCCGCACGGACCUGUCAUCACCAGCCCGGUGGUCCCCUCUGCAGCCUCCGUGUCCCCAACAGACAAAGAAAACUACACUUCUAAGUGUCCGAGUGGCGGUUUGUGUAGCCGUCUUCCAGCUGAUUGCAUUGAGUGCAAUUAUCAACACAACUGCACCUACGGCAAACCUGCGUCUUUUUCCUGCAAACCCAGAAAAGGAGUUCACUGCAUAGGAGAGACAGGACAUCAAGAAUCCCACUUUGUUCUGUCCAUCACCUGUCAGUUCUGCUGGCAGCUGGACCCGUCUCAGUACCGCUGCUCCAACUCCACAAACUGCAUGACCGUCUCCUGCCCACGCCAGCGCUACAACGCCACCUGUGACGUCUUAGACCACGUGCACUGUUUAGGACGACGGCGUUUUCAGAAACGUCUGUUCUGUAAUUGGACAGGUGGAUAUAAGUGGUCGACAGCUCUGGCUCUCAGCAUCACUCUCGGUGGUUUUGGGGCAGACCGGUUUUAUUUGGGGCAGUGGAGGGAAGGUCUGGGCAAGCUGUUCAGCUUCGGAGGCCUGGGCAUUUGGACUUUAAUAGACGUUCUCCUGAUUGGAGUUGGCUACGUGGGCCCUGCCGACGGCUCCCUCUACAUCUGAGGCCAAACCUCUGGAGGGUUUUUGCGGCCUCUUCUGCCUCACGCUGCUUCAGUCUCGAAAGAUGGAAGAUUUGAGAUACUGUGUUCUUUGCACAUUCGCCCGCCCGAGCUCUCUGCUCCACACGUCCUUAUCCCAUCUGCUAACAAGCAGGAAGUGUUUUCCUCCUCACACCAGCAAUGUCUUCUUCCCACACGGCCAUCAGAUCAAUCCCAGUCAUUCUGCGUCCAUCUCCUGUUGGGGCCGUGCAGAUGGAGCUGUGCAGGAGGAGGAGAAGCCAGUGAUUAUGUGCAUCCAGUUGGUUAGAUUUAAGUGCUGGUUAAGCGCCGCUUUGCUGAUAGACAGCUUUGGUUUCCUGUGGAGCGGCGCUCUCACAGACAUCCUGUCACCUCAGAGCACACACUGCUCCUCUUUCAUCGCAAGGUAGGAGCAUCGCUGAGGGUCAGAUCGUAACCAUAGCUACUGACUUUUUUUUUUUUUUUUUAAUCAAAACUGUAACAUUUAAGUUCUGUUAACAUAAAAAUUCUGCGGAGAAGGUUUUUAUUGUCCUUAUUCCUUUAAAAGAAAAUUCUGUCAACAGUUAUUUUGGAAGCUCUUUGUUUUCCUUUGAAGGAUCGGCCCACAAAGUCAUUGUUGGGAUUUUUUUUCAGUACCUAAUACUUUUCAAAACCUUCAAUUCAACUAUUAAAACAAAGAUUUGAUCGAUGUUUUACAAACAAAAGAGGGAGGGUAUCUAGCAAAGGAGAAUAAUAAUCUGUGUCACUUCAGCAUGCAGCCUUAUUCUUGGAAAUGCACAGAUAAUCUUGAGAAAACAUAAAUGCUUUGCACUAGCAAACUGCAGUAACGUGUGGUUCCCCACAUUAAAAGAAAGCAAACUAUUCUCUACAUUUUUCUAAUUUUCUUUCUUCUGUAUAUUUUAUAUUUUUGUGUGCAAGUGUCAAGUAGAAUUUUUAUUUGAGACCAUCCAUCCUAUGUAAAUAUGUUUUUUUUUUCAGGGACUUCCUGUUGGAACUGUAAAUAUUGAUUUAAGUUAUAUAAAUAAAAGAAAAAUCUACCAAAAA